AUGGAACAUAUUUCUAAUGCAAGUUUUGCAGUCCUAGAUUUCCUUAUGAGCUUUGUAGUUGUUUCACCUUGUGUCGUAUUCUUUUGGAGAGGAAGCUGGGGAAUACUUGAUGUCUACCUGUAUCCCAAUCAAAUGGAGCUCAGUGCUUGGAUUUGCUUUGCUUAUGGCAAUUUUGUGAUGAUAUUAACAGGUCUCGUGCAGAAAUAUUCUACAAAGAUAAACAAGUUAAAAAAUGUAGUAUUCUAUUUCGUUUUGUCGAGACUCUACAUUUACAUCCUUGCAACCGGAAGUGUUGCACAGUGGCGCGGAAUUUGGAAUUUGCAGGAUUACUACACCGGGAAAACAUGGCACAGCGCAUUAUCGUCCUUCGUUAUAGGAUCUGGUGUAAUCUGCUGCUUACGAUGUGUCAAAUCAAUUAUGGCGGCGGCUCCUUUGCUCGUUGCGCACGACACGGAUCACGUAAAGCUGUUCAGGAUAACAGGCAUACUAGGGUCAAAGGUUAGCUGUUCACCUUGGUUCAUUGUUGACAUGAUGAUGACUCCCCUACUCCUCCACACCCUCAUCGUCGUCUUCUGGAGGGGACUUUGGACAUUGAUGAAUAUAUGCCUAUAUCCAGAAGACAAUGUACAAUCAGGCCUUUUUUCACUUGUAGCCAGCCUCGCUUUAGCAUACCCAACUCUCAUUGGUCAACAUUUCAUUAUGUCAUUUGUCAAAAAACAAGGCCACAAAAACAAAAUUUGCGUUGUCCUUAUAUUGAACCUGUAUCUAGUCAUGGCGAGUUGUUUGCCGGUCGCCCAUUGGAGAGGCAUUUGGACGUUGCAAGAUGUAUGGUUGAUUCCAGAGAAUAAAGCAAUAAGUGUUUGGAUGUCACAUACUAUAGGAUUUCUUGGUGGUGUACUCGUGUUAUCAGCAAAAUCUAUUCCAGUUUCAGGUUGUUUGUUAGAUAGAAAUAUUGGCAAAGACAAUCGGCGGUUGGUUGAUAUAACAUAUUUUAAAAAGAUCCGCGACUAUAUUUGCUUUCAAGAGAAUGUCAAAAGUCAAAACUCUUUUAAUGGUAAAGAAAAAACAAAACAGGAAAAUGAAAAUAAACCAAUUGAGUUCACGUUUAUCACACAUUUAUGA